AUGACCCCGAUAAUAGAAAACCUAGUUAGCGGAAUACUCCCAGAAGACGGAAACGAAGCAAGAAAAAUCAGAAUAAAGGCACCACAAUACAAGUUGAUGGAAGGCAACCUCUACAAAAAAGCAUUCUUAAGCCCUUGGCUCCGCUGUGUAGGACCCAAACAAGCGGAGACAAUCAUCUUCGAAAUUCAUGAAGGUAUUUGCGGAUUACACGUAGGACCCAGGUCGGUAGCAACAAAGGCAUUACGCCUAGGGUAUUUCUGGCCAACCAUGCACAGAGACGGAACCACAUUGCUACAAGAUUGUGAAGCAUGCCAGGCUAAACAGUGCAAGUUAGGUGGAGUAUCAAGGAAAGAUGGGCCGACCUGGGAAGGACCAUACAAGAUUGAUGCAGUCAUUGGAAAUGGUGCCUACAAGCUCUCCACCAUAGACGACAAACCCGUCAGCAGAACAUGGAAUGCGACAAAUCUGCGUAAGUUCUAUUGCUAA